CUGAAGGGGUCUCCCACUUGUAAAUGACCCUGGGGGGGAAAAAAAAUUCAUGACGACUUCACUGGGCCUCCUCUUAUUCUUCCAUUUUUCUUUCCACCUGUCCUCUUCGUGGAAUGGAGCGUCAUUCCUUAGAGCACAAAAUCCUUCGUGCGUCUAAUAAUUACUGUGCUGUGAUAGGGAUUCUUAAACAGUUUUACGUGUGAGGCUUGAAAUACUGACAGAUGAUGGUUUGUUCGUUUGGAUUACUGCGGAACUGCAGCUCCGUCUCUGCAAGGAUUUUAUCCUCAGCACUGCACUGAUUAAGCUAUUUUUCUACAAAGAUGGCAGUGUGCAGGGUAGAAGGGAACAGGACCCAUAUGUCAGUGGUCUAGGAUGGCCAGUGAAGGCUCCAACAUCCCAAGUCCUGUGGUCCGUCAGAUUGACAAGCAGUUUCUGAUUUGCAGCAUAUGCCUGGACCGUUACAAGAACCCCAAAGUACUUCCCUGUUUGCACACUUUCUGUGAGAGGUGCUUACAGAAUUACAUUCCAGCCCAUAGCUUAACCCUUUCUUGCCCCGUGUGCCGCCAGACCUCCAUUCUGCCAGAGAAAGGGGUUUCUGCACUCCAGAACAACUUCUUUAUCACCAACCUGAUGGACGUCCUGCAACGAACGCCGGACAACAGCAUUGAAGAGUCCUCCAUCUUGGAGACUGUCACUGCUGUUGCUGCAGGCAAACCGCUCUCCUGUCCUAAUCAUGACGGAAAUGUGAUGGAGUUUUACUGCCAGUCCUGUGAGACAGCCAUGUGCCGGGAGUGUACAGAGGGGGAACACGCAGAGCAUCCCACGGUACCACUCAAGGAUGUGGUGGAGCAACACAAGGCUUCCCUCCAAGUGCAGCUGGAUGCUGUCAACAAAAGGCUUCCAGAGAUCGACUCAGCACUUCAUUUUGUAUCAGAAAUCAUACACCAGUUAACCAACCAAAAGGCUAGCAUUGUAGAUGACAUUCAUUCCACUUUUGAUGAACUCCAGAAGACUUUAAAUGUGCGAAAGAGCGUGCUGCUUAUGGAGCUGGAAGUGAAUUAUGGCCUUAAACACAAAGUCCUCCAGACACAGCUGGAUACCUUACUUGAAGGACAAGAAAGCAUUAAAAGUUGCAGCAACUUUACAGCCCAAGCCCUCAACCACGGCACUGAAACUGAAGUUCUGCUGGUGAAGAAGCAAAUGAGCGACAAGCUGAAUGAACUGGCUGAGCGGGACUUCCCGCUGCAGCCCCGUGAAAACGACCAGUUGGAUUUCAUAGUGGAAACAGAAGGCCUGAAGAAGUCCAUUCACAAUCUAGGUACUAUUCUAACCACCAAUGCUGUUGCCUCUGAAACAGUUGCCACAGGUGAAGGACUGAGGCAGACAGUGAUCGGGCAGCCCAUGUCCGUUACCAUCACAACAAAGGACAAAGAUGGGGAGCUCUGUAAAUCUGGGAACGCUUACCUCACCGCUGAGCUGAGCACGCCUGAUGGGAGUGUAGCGGAUGGAGAAAUACUUGACAAUAAAAAUGGCACUUACGAAUUUUUGUAUACUGUUCAGAAGGAAGGGGACUUCACUUUGUCACUGAGACUGUACGAUCAACAUAUCAAGGGCAGCCCAUUCAAACUUAAAGUGGUCAGAUCAGCAGAUGUGUCCCCUACCACUGAAGGGGUUAAGAGGCGUGUUAAAUCUCCUGGCAGUGGUCAUGUGAAGCAGAAAGCUGUAAAAAGACCUGCGAGCAUGUACAGCACUGGCAAGAGAAAAGAGAAUCCCAUUGAGGAUGAUCUGAUCUUCAGAGUAGGCACCAAAGGAAGAAACAAAGGGGAAUUUACAAAUCUUCAAGGUGUAGCUGCAUCUACAAAUGGAAAAGUAUUAAUAGCAGACAGUAACAACCAGUGUGUGCAGAUAUUUUCCAAUGAUGGUCAGUUCAAAAGCCGUUUUGGCAUACGAGGAAGGUCUCCCGGCCAGUUGCAGCGGCCAACAGGAGUGGCUGUGCAUCCCAGUGGUGACAUCAUUAUUGCAGAUUAUGAUAACAAAUGGGUUAGCAUAUUCUCAUCAGAUGGAAAAUUUAAGGCCAAAAUUGGAUCUGGAAAGCUCAUGGGCCCUAAAGGUGUUUCUGUGGAUCGCAAUGGACACAUCAUUGUAGUGGACAAUAAAGCAUGCUGCGUUUUCAUCUUCCAGCCGAACGGGAAAAUAGUCACCAGGUUCGGUAGUCGAGGAAAUGGUGACAAGCAGUUUGCAGGUACACUUGAUGGUCCUCAUUUUGCAGCUGUAAACAGCAACAAUGAAAUUAUCAUUACAGAUUUUCAUAACCAUUCUGUCAAGGUAUUUAACCAGGAGGGAGAAUUCAUACUGAAGUUUGGAUCAAACGGAGAAGGAAACGGACAAUUUAAUGCACCAACUGGAGUAGCUGUAGAUUCUAAUGGAAAUAUUAUCGUAGCAGAUUGGGGAAACAGCCGAAUACAGGUUUUUGACGGGAGCGGAUCAUUUUUAUCCUACAUUAACACCUCUGCCGACCCGCUUUAUGGUCCCCAAGGCCUGGCCCUUACUUCCGACGGCCACGUUGUAGUUGCAGACUCUGGAAAUCACUGCUUCAAGGUCUACCGAUACCUACAGUAGCAAUGAGCUCUGGAGCUGGAUAAUCGUCCACCCUUAAGAAAAGACUGGUCCUAGAGACCCAAUGCAGGAUAUCUCCUACUUUUGAGUUAAUUUUUAAUAAUGAAGGAGUCUCUUACAGACUUCUCGUGUUAAUUUCCAAACUUACCUUGUUUACAUAGGACUUGCACCUCUUACGUUUCACACUGAACUUUCUGUUGUAAGGGUUAAUACACAAAAUCCUCUUUAACUGAAUUUGUAAGGACAAUGUGAUAUUAAAUGCAAACUGCAACUUGUGGAACUGGAAUUAACUAAUUAGGGAAAACUGAGAAAAACUUGGGAAAAGUCCCCAAAGCUUUUUGAAGACUGCGAAGGGUAGCUCCUGCUCAGAGCUUCCACAUUUGAGGAAGUAUCAUUGUUAUGCAUUAUUUAACCCAGAGGUGAUUCUGGGAAUCUUCUAGAUCUCAUUAUCAUGGUAGGUAUUACACUUUUAACGUUCUUCAGUCUUACUAUCUAUAACAAGUAGGUCCUUUUAGCAUAAGGUUAAGUCUCACAACAUCCCUCUAGCUCUAACCGUCAGACCUAACACAGCUC